AUGGCCGGGGUACGUACUUGGUUCUCAACAUUGUUCAGACGAGGCAUUCAUGGUGCUAACAUCAGCCAGCAACAAAAGAUUGAAAUCCUUAAAUUCGCCAACGAAAAGGGCGAAUAUCAGAGAAGACCAAGCUCUUUCAGAGACUCCAUCUCGUCUGAACCAGGUGCCAAGUUUGCACCUGAAAAAAACAGAUACCACCUUUACGUGUCCUAUGCGUGUCCCUGGGCACACAGAACUCUCAUUGUGAGAGAACUGAAAGGACUUCAAGACAUUCUUCCCGUUUCGGUGGUUCAUUGGCACAUGGAUGCCAAUGGAUGGAGAUUUGCUUCGAAGGAUGAUCCAUGCGAGGGCGCUACUUCAGACCAGGUAUACGGAGUCCAGAGAUUGAAGGAGUUGUACUUCAAGGCUGAGCCCGAGUAUGAGGGCAGAUUCACUGUUCCUGUGCUCUGGGAUACCAAGCUUGAAACCGUUGUCAACAACGAAAGUUCUGAGAUCAUCAGAAUCUUCAACGAGGAGUUUGAUUCGAUAAUUGACGAAAAAUAUAGAGGUCUUACUUUCUAUCCAGAUUCUCUCAAGUCCAAGAUUGACGAAAUCAAUCCAUGGAUUUACGACAACAUCAACAAUGGUGUUUACAAGUCUGGAUUUGCUACGAAGCAGGAGCCAUAUGAGACAAACGUGAAAGCCCUAUUUGAGCAUUUGGAUAAGGUGGAAAAAGUUCUGGGAGAACAGUUCAAGAAGGGAUCAAAGUACUUGGUUGGAGACCAAUUGACCGAGGCUGAUAUCAGACUUUUUACCACGAUCAUCAGAUUCGACCCGGUGUAUGUUCAGCAUUUUAAGUGUAAUUUGGGAAUGAUCCGGUUCGACUUUCCCAACCUUCACAAGUGGGUGAGACAUCUGUAUUGGGAGGUUCCUGGCUUUAAAGAGACAACCAACUUUGAUCACAUUAAGUUCCAUUACACCAAGUCUCACAUCGCCAUCAACCCACACUCGAUCACUCCGUUGGGACCUGUUCCAAACAUCCUGCCAUUGGAUGCUUGA